UAACAUGACUUACCAAACAAUACCAAAUGCAAACACAACACAUGCAGCAACAACAACUCCAUCACUUCGUCUUUGUCCACGGCUCAUGUCAUGGAGCAUGGUGCUGGUUCAAACUAGCUGCAAAGCUCAAGGGGGAUAAGGUUCGUUUGGUGUCCGAGCAUCUAGAGCCUUUGAUGAGUUUCAUGGAGUCUCUUCCUGAGAAUGAGAAGGUGGUUCUCGUUGGUCAUAGCUAUGGUGGCAUUGGAACUUCUCUCGCUAUGGAAAGAUUUCCGACCAAAGUCUCUGUUGGAAUCUUCCUCUCUGCUUAUAUGCCGCACCAUGAUUCUCCUCCAGCGGUUUUGAUUCAAGAGUAUUUUAAGAGACUACCAGAGGGUUUCGCCAUGGAUAGUGCGUUUACAUUCGAGGAAGGACCAGAACACCCUCCGAGUUCAGUUUUGUUCGGUACUAGUUUCAUGAAGGAGAAGGCAUAUAGUAAUUGCCAAUUAGAGGAUCUAGAAUUAGCCAUGGCGUUGGUGAAAUCGAGCUGGUUAUACGCUAAGGAAAUGGGAGGUGAAGAUUUGAUAUCCAAGGAGAGGUAUGGAUCUGGAAAGAGAGUUUUUAUUGUCUGUGAAGGCGACAAUGUGCUUCCAGAGGAGAUUCAGAAGUGGAUGAUUAGUAACUACGAGCCUAACGAAGUGAAGAGGAUUGAAGAAGCUGGUCACAUGGCUAUGCUCACUAAGCCACAACAACUUUCUCAACUGCUACAAGAAAUAGCAGCGAAAUAUAACUAAAUGUAAAAUGAUAACAACUGUGUAUGAUUUGGGCUCAAUUACAUCUAUGAUAUGAAUAAGGGAGUUUCAAUAUUUGUGAUUUUUGGUUAUUCCUACACUGUAAUUUUGAUA